ACUUAGCAGAACAUGAAAUCUUUUCAAUAAUUUGCAACAGAUUUUACAGAUUUCACGACCAAUAUUGCAUAUAUGAACAUGUAUCCCACUUCAAAUAAGCUGGAAUAAUACAAUGUAUCUGUUCUUUGUUUUAAAUUGAGCAAUUACGCAGUACUUUACGAGAGAAUCGGGAAAGAACAAUAGAUUUUUCUCGUUUCAUGAAAUAUUUCGUGACGGCAACCUGACCGCAGUCUGCCUUAGAGCAUUUACACGUAGGUUAUACUCAUAAUACACAGGACUUGCAUCAACAUGGAUGAUUUGGAGCCUCUCGAGCCGACUGUGAAGAAUAUUCUGGAUCAAACGUCCUUAAAAUGGGUAUUUGUUGGUGGUAAGGGUGGUGUUGGCAAGACAACUUGCAGUUGUAGUCUUGCUGUCCAGUUGAGUACUGUGAGAGAGAGUGUUCUGAUUAUUUCAACUGAUCCAGCCCACAAUAUCUCUGAUACAUUUGACCAGAAAUUUACCAAGGUCCCGACAAAAGUCAAGGGAUUUGAUAAUCUUUUUGCCAUGGAAAUUGAUCCCAACUUAGGUUUUUCUGAACUGCCAGAUGACUACUUUGAGGAUGGAAGUGCGAUGAAUCUUGGUAAAACCGUGAUGCAGGAAUUACUUGGGGCUUUCCCUGGCAUUGAUGAGGCAAUGAGUUAUGCAGAAGUUAUGAGGCUUGUGAAGAGUAUGAAUUUCUCUGUGGUUGUGUUUGACACAGCUCCUACAGGGCACACCCUUCGACUGCUCUCCUUCCCCAGUGUCGUUGAGAAGGGUUUAGGUAAACUUCUCAGACUCAAGAAUCAGAUCAGUCCAUUUAUAACACAGAUUGCUGGUUUUAUGGGUCUUCAAGAUAUUAAUGCUGACGACAUGACAAAGAAGCUUGAAGAUAUCUUACCAGUCAUAAGACAAGUUAAUGACCAGUUCAAAAACCCUGACCAGACAACAUUCAUCUGUGUGUGUAUAGCAGAAUUCCUCUCCCUCUACGAAACUGAGCGAUUGGUACAGGAGUUGACGAAGUGUGGGAUAGAUACCCACAAUGUUGUGGUCAAUCAGUUACUGUUCUUAGCAGAAGGCGAGAAACCCUGCAAAAUGUGUGCAUCCAGACAUCGGAUACAGGCAAAAUAUCUAGAUCAGAUCGAUGACCUGUAUGAAGAUUUCAAUAUUACGAAAAUGCCUUUGUUGGAGCACGAAAUACGAGGAGUCGAUCAAGUCAAAGCUUUUUCACGUCUUCUUGUGGAGGACUAUAAAGCAGGCCAGCCCUUACCAUAAGACAGGAUGGAUUUUAGAUGCAGCCAUUUUGUUCAGAGAUGGCUGCGGGUGUUGUCAAAUGAGUCAAAGCCUUCUCAUGCCCACUACAGAGUAGGACAACCCUUACCAUUUACCAGCAUAGAUCCUAGACACAGCAGAUGUACUCAGGGACAACUUGAGAUACAUGUUUGGCUCCUUGCUUCAGCUUUUGUCUACAGAACUAUUGCUUUACACAUCUGUUGAAGCCAGUUUUUAAGAUCCGAGGGGAAUUCCAAGCACUUACAUGUAUACAGUUUGUUCGUUUCUCUAGGAAAAUAGGGUUAUUGGUACAUGUAGUUACAAAUCGUCAUGAAUGUUAGGAUGAUUGGUUCGGGCAUGUAAAAAAUAUCAUGCCAUAUUUAUUUGUACAUGAUUUAGCAAAUGACUGUCACAACAUAAUGUACUUGGGAUGACUUUCCAUCACUGCCUGUUGUAUUUUUUGUUGCUUCUGAAAGCUUUGUAAAUAAAUCUUGGUUUGGUCAAAAAGGUGUUCAGCUUUGUUUCAAACAAUGUUUAGUAAACCUUUCUUGUAUAUAUGUAUCUGCGGAGAUUGUGUCCCUCAAAGUAACAUAAAUGGCGAAGAGGAAGACAUCAAUCAACAUGGCAAACAUGUGUGACCAUUUUGGCCCCUUCUCAAGGUCUCCACCUCCGCCUGGAAUGUUAGCCUCCCAAUUUACUGAGUAGCUCAUCUUGCUCUGGAUCUGAUCCGCCUAACUUCCUUUAUGGUGAUGCACCACUGAUAAUCAGGGGACGGCCAAUUGCAGCUGGUAACAAAACC